AUGGACAGAAGGUCUGCUAGAAUAAAAGCAGAGUUAGAAAGAUAUGGUUGGAAAGUUUCGAAGAAGUUUAAAUAUAGGAAGGGAAAGCCAAUAAAAGUCUAUGACAAACUGUCUGGUCUUCGCUACGAAAUGGAUUUGGAAACAGCACGUGCCAAUUAUCCAAACAGACUAGAGAGGUUAGAAGAAGAACGUCUUAUGGACAUGCCUUUCGAUGUUAGUGAACCUCAAGUUGAAGGACACGACGGCUUUGCCAGAUUCUACUGGAAACAUGACGAACAAUUGCAUCCCUUGAGACGGAAAAAAGGGAAGGGUGAAGACAAACAUGCUCCCAUGGAAAGAACAAGAUAUGCAUAUGAAAAGUAUCGUGAAGUUAGAAGUCAAAUUACAUCUGGUCGAACCUUUACAGUAAACUUUGACGAAGGAAAGAACAAAGAAGGCUUCAUGGGUGUACUUGCUGCCAUACAAGACGGAAAUAAGAAAGGAUACAAUCUCAGACUAACCGUAACAGAUUUAGAUGGUCAUAUUUACUAUGCACAUGGCAAUGUCACAACAGCCGCACAACUUCUUGACGCUUUCAAGACUACAAAGAGAGAACAAAUGGUUGACUCCGACUCAGAUAUUUUGAAUGCAAUUGAAGGAAUUGUAAGCGUGAAGUUCGAAUGGUAUCAACCUAACCCUCAAGCAGUCAGACAACAUGCUGGAUACUUCCCGUUCAGAAAUAAGUCUGACAUUGACUUGACAAGGUAUGGAAUUUACAAUUCAAUCGAAACAAUUGUCAAUGAACCUUGUAUUCUUACAUGUCUCAGGAACUCUGGUCUUGUUACAGAUGAGAAGAUGAAGUAUCUUGAGUCAUGUGUGAAGACAAGGUACAUUCUCAGAGGUCAAUUGGCAAAAAUUGCACCGUUGGCAAAUGUCAAUAUCCGAGUCAGCAUACCUACAGCUAAAGGUUCUUCACAUGACGACUAUGUUGUUGACAAAGACUUACCAUGGUUGAAGAUUGUAAUUGUCCACAACCACUUCAUGUUGAACGAAAGUCUUACAAACCCAUUGUUCGGAAAAGGCAAGUGCAACAUUGUCAGAGCUGUAAACAUUCUUUUCGAGAAAGGUUUGUUGGAACCAAUUCCAGAUGACAAGCUGACAGAAAGUUUUGUACCAAAAGACGAAACAAACUUUUCACUGUUAGCAAGACCAAAAGUU